GCACGCGCUUCAUCGGUCCAGUUGAUGUUGUGUGGAGGAGCUGUCCGCCGCUCAGGUGCUGAAACGGCUCAUCUGCGUGUCUGAGGUGAAGCGCUGUCCUCUUCUGCUGGACGCUUCUGGAGACACAGAAGCGCAGACAAAGCGGUACAUGAUGAUUUUUAAGGGAAAAUAAUCCUUCUUCUUCAAAAGUGAGAAGACACUUUUGCAUCCUCAGUGGGUUUUUGUUGUUGCUUAAACGUCUCAGUGGGAUGGUGUGUCCAUAAGUCCGAGUUGAUUUGCUUCAUAAAAGUCUGAAGAAAAUUCAUCCUGAAAGUUUUUCCUUUUUUUUGGUUAUCUUCUAAGGAAUCAGUGAAAGGAGCUCAUCUAUUCCAGCCUCACUAAAUAAUAGAAAUUAAAUGAACUUGUCAGGUGUGGCGGGUCUGGUCAAAAAGCUGGUUGGGAUGCUGUAGUAGCCCAGGAAUAUGGGACUCCCUGUGUUAACACGAGUAUCAUUGCCCAACUGAGAGGCAUAAUCUGCCAUGCUGGAGCUGAGCCAGAGGCUCCCAGACAGCAGAGCAGCCGGAAAGUCAGCUCCCGAAACUCCGUCCUGCUCCUUUAAAAUAUAAAAUAUGUAGAUGCUGCUCCUCCUUGAGAUAUUUUUGAGUGUUUGGGUAAGACUGGCUGCUACCAGCAGAAACUAGGAAAAAGAAGAGCGUGUGCAUUGACAGGAGGAACAUCUUGUUCUGGUUGUUUUAGCUGAACAGAUGUUUUUGUUUGUCAGCACUGAAUAGAGUUUUAGAAAAAUCCAUCAGAUCACUCCUAUCGUUUACACUUUGGAGUUGGAUGGAGAUCACUUCAGCGAGCUCUGACUCAACCAUCAUCUCACAGUUAGAUCUCCACCAAGAAGCCGGUUUCAUACAUGAGCUGCUGGAGGACAAAGAGCUGGAAGGAGAGGAUGAGAAAUGUAGAUGAGGAAAGGUGAUGCCAUUCUCCAUGAAGGACAUUUACUAACCUUCGUGUGAACGAAGCUAGCCCCCCAACACACACACUCCAUUACAGCCCUGAUCAUGCAUAAAUGCAUGAAUGACUGCCGGCAUGGUCUCCCACAAUCACAGAUAUGGGAUCAGACUGAUGAUGUCACUGCUGAGGGUCACCUGACAUCUUUGCGGGAACAUCCCCCUCCCACAUGGAGCUGUUUCACCAGCAGGCCAGAGAGACAACAGAUGAGAGGAGAUGUGACUGAGCUGCUUCUUUCCAGAGCUCACAUAACAAGCUUUCAGCCCACAAUCCUUCCCCCUGAGGAAUGCAGAAGACCUCCUAAACUCAUCCCUCACUCAGCCCCACACAGGAGCAUUUGGACUGAAUCCAGAGUCCAAAGAGGCGGGAUGCACACAUGCGAGGCGGAGUGAGGCUCUGACAAACACAAAUGAACUCAUGGAGGUCAGAUCUGCAGCUGGUCGCACUUCUCUGCACAGAUGUGUCCAUCACAAUGUUUUGACAAGAACCUAAGCAGAGCAGGAAGCGUACGGUCUCUCCUCUGUCACGGAGGAGGACUGUAGGAGGCGUUCUCUUUGUUCCGCAUGCAGAACAUCCUCGAUCAGAACUUAGACAUGGCCACGGCGCUGCUCGCAGGCGAGAAGCUGAAGGAGCUGAUCAUGCCGGGCUCCUCUCAGGAUGAGAAGGGCGGAGCAUUGGCUGGCCUUAUGGUGCAGCUCAAACUGGAGCUGCCCUUUGAUCGUGUUGUUACCAUAGGGACGGUCAUCAUCCCCAUCCUCCUGGUCACCCUCGUCUUCACAAGAAACUUUGCAGAGGAAUCCAUUUACUGUUACACACCACACAACUUCACAAGAGACCAGGCGUUGUACGCCAGAGGCUACUGCUGGACGGAGCUGCGCGAUGCCAUUCCUGGGGUGGAGCCUCACCUUUGGCCCUCUCUGUUUGAGCAUAAGUUCCUGCCCUAUGCCCUGCUGGCCUUCGCUGGAAUCAUGUACAUUCCUGCUUUGGGCUGGGAGUUUCUCGCCUCCACGCGGCUAACGUCAGAGCUCAAUUUCCUGCUUCAAGAGAUCGACAACUGCUACCAUCGAGCCGCCGAGGGCCGAGCCCCGAAGAUUGAGAAGCAGAUCCAGUCCAAAGGCCCCGGCAUUACCGAGCGUGAGAGGCGUGAGAUCAUCGAAAAUGCUGAGAAGGAGAAGAGUCCAGAGCAGAAUCUGUUUGAGAAAUAUUUAGAGAGGCGAGGCCAAAGCAAUUUUUUGGCUAAGAUUUACCUCGCCCGCCACAUGGCUAUUAUCUGCCUCAGUUCCAUCCCUAUAUCCUACCUGAGCGCCUACUACGCCCGCCAAAGGCAGAAUGAGUUCACCUGUGCUCUGGGGGAACCUCCCGACAUCAGCAGUUACUUGGAGCUGAAGAUCAGGGUCAACUGUAAGCUGCCUGCAGUGCAGCUGCAGCGCAUCAUGGCGGCGGUGGACAUCGCCUUGCUCUGCACAAUGAACUUCAUCAUCUUGCUUAAUUUGCUGCAUUUGUUCGUUGUGCGCAAGUCCAACUUUGUCUUUGAUAAGCUGCACAAGGUUGGAAUCAAAACACGGCGGCGCUGGCAGAAGUCUCCGUUUUGUGACAUUAACAUCCUGGCCAUGUUCUGCAAUGAGAACCGAGACCACAUCAAGUCCCUGAACCGACUGGACUUCAUCACCAAUGAGAGCGACCUGAUGUACGACAAUGUGGUCAGGCAGCUGCUGGCUGCACUGGCACAGUCCAACCAUGACGCCACGCCCACUGUGAGGGAAUCUGGGAUGCAGACGAUUGAUCCCAACAUGGACCCGUCUGAUCUCAGGAUGGGGGAAAUGGGCGGAGAGCCACUAGUCAUCAAAAGACCUCGCAAAAAGAUGAAAUGGAUCCCGUCAUCCAAUCCUCUUCCUCAACCAUUUAAGGAACCGCUUACUCUGACACGGUUGGAAAACAACACCAAGCAAGAGAAACCAAAACCCGUCAGGCGCAAGACGGCGGCCGACAGCUUCGUCGCACCUCUGCUGGACAACAAGAGCACACAACUUUCUUCAACAAAGGAGUUAGGUGUCAUUGAGAAAAAGCACACUCGUAACUUCUCCUUGGAUGUCCACCCGUACAUGCUGACUAUUCGAAAGCCCAAGGUGGAGACCACAGCCACAGAGCCGCUGCCCUCACAGCACAACCUGGAUGCCGUAUUUCUAGAGGGCACACACUCUAUCGUCCACGUGUCUGGUGCUAUUGCAGAAACUAAAGUUUGUUCUCCAGAAUCGACCAACACUGCCUUUUCUUCUGGGACUCUGCCAACAUCUUCUUAUGUAAACGGAGUGAGCCCCAACCCUCCUUCGAGUGACGAUCCACUCAGCCCAAAGUCCUCUCCUCCUCAAACCGAGCCUCAGGCCCAGAUGGAAACCGCUGCGAGUCAGCCGCCGCCCCUGACCAGAGCCCCCACACACCAGCUGCUGAGCAUACGUCACACUCUCUUUGAGGAAGAGGAGGAUGAGGAAAGCAGGAGGGGCAGACUGGAGGAGAGAGCUGGGGAGCUUAUCACUGCUGGAGAAUGUUGAACAAAAAAGUAGAACAUCCACACCAUCAACACAACCAAGACUUUUCACCGAGAACCACCUCUCCUUCUCCUCUCACACGCCUCUGGGAUGGAAGUGAGCCAAACGGGAAACCAGCAGCAAGAAAAUGAUGAAGAAAACCUUCUGACUCAAGGCAGAGGAAAUUGAGCCUUUGCUGGAGUUUCUUGAUGUGUGAUUUGUGUCUCAGGAUGACUGCGUUUAGCUCAUCACCCAACAAUUAAACCAGCAGUGAGGUCAUUCAACAGGGUGCUACAGUGCAGGGUCAAACCGCAACGCCGACCACGUCUGUGGGUGAAACGGGAAAUGAAAAGUCUGCUGGUAAACGUGGACUUCAUCACGACUUAAAACCCAUUUUUAAACACCCGAUAACGCUUCGUCCCUUUAUCCCAACAGCCAAGUAGAACGGUAGCUCACGCAAUACAGUUGUUGAGAUCUGCACAAUUAUUAUGCAAAAGAUCACAAAUAUGUUUGUGGCAAUAAUGUAUGCGCUUCGAGCAUCACUUCACGGAAUGUCAUACAUGUUCAGGCCUCAUAUGUGAGUCAGUGUUAGCGGGAUGUUUAAAAUUUCACAUUUUGUGGCUUAUCCCCAUAGCUUUCCAUUGCUGCGAAUACUUGAUUGUAAGCGUGCACAUUAUCAUAGGAGGACAAGUAGGAAAAGCGCUGAUCAGAGAAGGAUGGAGAGGAUCCUCACUGGAGAAAAGAGAAGAACCUGGUGUUUUUCUAAGAGUUCAAUGGGGAAUGAAGCUGGACUUCUAGAUAAAAAGCUUUCUGAUGUCUUCUUGUGAGAGAACCGUGGACUUGUUGGUCACCGAAGGGGGUCGAUACACAAAAGCUUCUCAAAUGCUUCACUUUGGAUAGAACGGUACAUUAGUUGCUCCUCUUUUUGGGAGAAAAUAAGCAAACGGAGUGAGCGGUUGGGAGAUGCCCACCACAGCCUUUCCACAGAUACACACAGUUUCAAUGAAACUGUCUGCGUGAAACGGACACAAUCACCUCCAGCAAACUGAAAAACUGCUGUAUUUCCUCUUUAUUGUCCAAACGCAUCUCUUACAACAGCAAACAAAACCUUUCUUAUACAAUCUCUGUAUUAUCUGAGAAUCCAUCUUUUGCCUCACUUCACAUCCCCUUCAUCCAUGAGCACUUUAGACCUCGUGAGAGCCAUUUUUUUAACGCAGCUCUGCUUUAAACUGAUUUUCACCCAUAAGUCGUUACACAGAAACGUGUCUCCGAAAGCUAGUGACCAUAAAAACGCAACACUUUGAUUGUAAUGUGCGAAAAUCUACAAUAAAAACACGUUUAAAGCA